AUGUUUCGGUGCAUCGUACGAAGGUUGUCUGCUGAAGCAAAUGGUUCUAGGUAUUUCACAAGAUGGUACAGUGAUUCCAAUAAAAAUAGGACUUCAAACGAUGAUAUUGCAUUUGAAGCUGAAUAUUAUUACAAACAGGAUAAAGAAUUAUUAGAAAUGUUAAAGCAAAAAAUGCAGGAAGAAGUGAAGUGCUUGCAAGAUGAAGUUACAACGUUGCGUAAUAAAAUUGAAGAAUAUAAUCGUACUAUUAACGAAAAUUUACGAUUUCUGAAAGGUCUGGAGAAAGAUUUAACAGCUAGUGAUAAAAAAUAG